AUGAGCAUAUCUGAGGAGAACAAUCUGACUGUGGACGCUGGGUUUUUCCUUUUAGGAUUUCAAAACGGCCGAGCCACAAAUAUUGUCUUGUUCUGUCUGUUCCUUGUGGUUUAUUGUCUGAUAAUAUGUGGGAAUCUCCUAAUCAUCACCCUGGUGUCCACCAGCAAGAACCUCCACACCCCAAUGUACUUCUUCAUCUCACAUCUGUCCAUCAGUGACCUCUUAAUAUCCACAGAUAUUGUCCCCCAUAUGUUCCAUGUUUUACUGAAUAAUGGGGUGACCAUUACUUUCAUAUGUUGUUUGACUCAGUUGUAUUUUUUUGCUGCUUCAGAAGUAUCUGAAUGUUUUCUCCUCACAGUGAUGUCUUAUGACAGAUAUGUGGCCAUCUGUAAUCCUCUCAGUUACUUCUCUAUCAUGACUACAACACUAAUCAUGACAAGGGUCCAUUGUAUUGUACUGGCCGCCAUAUGUUGGUUGUUAGGUUUUUCCAUUGCAUUGCUUUACAUCAUAACAAUAUCGGUGAUGACAUUUUGUGGACCAAAUAUCGUUGACCAUUUUUUCUGUGAUCUUGUUCCUUUAGUAGAACUCGCCUGUUCCAGUACUUACACUAUUGAAAUAGAGGUCUUUAUAAUAUGUUUCUUAGCGGCACUCCUCCCCAUAAUAAUCAUGAUCAUAUCUUAUGUCAAUAUUAUAUUAAACAUUUUAAGAAUCCAAUCCAAUAUCAGAAGACAGAAAGCCUUCUCCACCUGUAGCUCCCACCUCAUUGUGGUCUCCAUAUUCUAUGGAACAUUGUUCAGUGUUUAUAUUGUCCCAACAAAAGGACAAACACUGACCAUGAGUAAAAUCCUCUCCCUGCUAUAUACUGUGUUUACUCCUCUGGUCAACCCCAUUAUAUACAGUCUGAGGAAUAAGGACAUUAAAAAAUCUCUUCAGGAAAUGUUAAAUAUGUAA